GUGAAUAUCGAGCAAAAAAAAAGGCAGAUACAAAAGACUAUCAUGAACAUGAAAGUGCAAAAGUGGGCUGUUCAUGGAGGGUUAACCUUUACCUUACUAAAGGCAUUAUAUAUGUUACUUCAAUUUGCAAGAAGCACAACUAUCUACUACAUAAUGACAUAAGGAAUUUAGAGUCAAAGUUUCAUCGUCUCAGUUCAGAAAUGCUCGAAGAGGUUGAAUUCCUCAUAAAUAUUAAUUGUAGUACAGGCCCAAUCAUUUGUGGACUUCAGAAACCUAUUGUAUCAGACAAAAUGAAAGAAACCUAUCAAUGGAUUUUAAGGUGCCUGUUACAUGCUACUAAUAGUCUUGCACUAGAAGUACUAUUCACAGAUGCAGAUCUUGAGAUGAUCGCAGCUAUUCAUGAAACCCUUCCUUCAACAAAGUAUAACUACUGUAUUUGGCAUAUACGCAAAAAUCUCGAAAAAAAUUUGAAAAGAAAACUUCGCAAUGAAUAUUUUGAUUUUAUAACAGUGUGGAAUAAAUGUAGAAACAGUUUUUCUGAAAAUGAAUUUAAAAAACAAUGGCAUGAUCAACUUACCAAUUACCCAGUAGCUAAAAAGUAUCUUAGACGUGCUCUUGGAGUUGAUCUUGAUAAGGAAGAAAAGUUUGAACGACUAGAGGAACAAAAUAAUCAAAAUCUGACUAUUGGCUUAUCUAACAUUAUUAAUAGAUACUUUAAGCGAAUUAAUAUAAUUCUCAAAAAGUAUCUCAUAUCACAAAUAUUAAAAAUACAGCAUCGCCAAAUGAACGAAAGCUUGCUUUAUUUACUUGAUUUUGAUGAGAAAAUAAAUAUUCAAGAAAUAUAUAGAGAAGGCCAAGAAGAAUCUGACGAUGAAGAAGAGGAUGAUAAUACAGAUCUGAUAGGAGUAACAAGUGAUAUUAAAUUUGUUGAGGAUAACUAUGAAUUCGUAAUAUCAAACUUGGAUUCUUUAACUAAAUGCAUUAAUCGAACUAGCAUUGAUAAAGUUUACAAGAAGCAUUUAUCAGAUAGUAAUGAAUCUAGAUUUGAAUACCAAAUCGAAACUAAUUUUAACUCUCUUAAUAAGAUUCGUCAUAUGCAAAUAUUCUUAGAGACUGUCAAACAAAAUCUGUCUCAUCAAAUCAAUGAGAAGAAAAAGGAUAUUCAUAAUAAUAUAAAUGAGUCUAAUAAGGAGAACUUGUCAGAUAUUAGUAAUCCUUAUUUAACACGAACAAAGGGUGCUUCUAAGAAACGUAUAAAAAGUGCUUUAGAAAAUACAACAACAAAAUGCUAUAAUAAAAAAACCACUGAGCUAGUAUAUGUUAAUAAAAAUAAAACUUGUAUUACUACUGAAGAUUUACAAGAUACUAAUUAUGAAGUGAAUAAAUCAGAUUAUGAUAAGCAACUUGAAGAGGCAAUUCGACUUUCAAGACAAAAUAAUAAUUUAG